AUGGAGGCUCAGGAUAUGGCAGCCUGUGACUCUGGGAGUCAGGAGAGAAGAGAGCUGAGUGAGCCAGAGAGUGUUUGCCAAGCAAACAGGUCAGUGAUUGAUAUCCAUGAAGAAGAAAGUCCUUUGCAAGUAGCAUUUAUGGAAGAUGUGAGGAAUGAAUUACAGGAUAUGCUGAAAAAAUUUGAAGAUGAUAUUAAGAAGCUUCUUCAUGCAAAGAGAAAAAGAUUUAUAAUGAAUACCAAUGCUUCUGUCCAAAGCAUUAACCUGAUAAUUGAGCAUGUUUGGAAAACUCAGGAGCAGCAAAGGCAGAAGCUUUAUCGUGAAUAUUCUCAGCAGUUUCUGACUUUGUUUCUGGAGUGGGAUAUAAGCGUGCAGGAAACCAAGGAGGAAGAAGAAAAACUAGCUAAUUUGUUUCGUGAGCAACAAAAGAUUUUUCAAGCAGCAAGAAUUGUUCAGAGACAGAGGCUGAAAAAAUUUUUUAACUUAUACGACCAGUUCUUAAAGAGUAUGGAGGAGUUUCAGAAGGAUCAUGAACAUCUUCUGACUGAUGAACAAAGUGAAUUUAGACGAGAAAUGGCCAUGCUGCAAAACAAAAUUGUGAUGGAUGCUCAACAGCAAGAGCUGGCAAAUAUUCGGAAGUCUCUUCAAUACCUGUUCUCUGACGAUGCUGAAGACAGAACUGGAACCUAA